AAGUAUAUAAAAAUAUAUAUAUAUAAGUAACGUCAUUACAAUAUACCUUCUAUUUUUAUUGUUCAUAUUUUGAUAAUAAGAAAAAAAGUAUGUAUAGAGCGUUUAAUUCUACAACUGUACGUCAACUAGGUUUAAAAACAAAUGGUUCAGCCAUUGCAUUUCGACAUGUUAGACAACAGCAACAACGUCGUCCUGCAGCUUCCAUUCGCCUUGUCCUAUUGAACCCUAAUGUUUCAACAAAAAGAAUGGUUCAUAUUCAAAGAGGCCUCUUACGUUCAGAGCAACAAAAAAUAAUGUCCGAAGAAAAGGAGACAAUGACUUCACGUGCAGCUGCUCUUGCUAAAGAACAACAAGCUAAAGCAACUUUAAAUACAGCAACUACAACUGUAAAACCUAAAAAAACCAUUUGGGAAAAAGUAAAAGAAGAAGCUAUUCAUUAUUGGCACGGAACUAAAUUGCUAGGACUUGAAGUACGUAUUUCUUCAGCACUCACUUGGAAGUUAUUAAAUGGUGGCAAAUUAACUAGAAGAGAACAUCGUCAAUUACGUCGAACUACCUCUGACCUUAUGCGAUUAAUUCCUUUUGCUUUCUUUAUUAUUGUCCCUUUUAUGGAAUUUUUGUUGCCCGUUGCUCUUAAAUUAUUCCCUAAUAUGUUACCAAGUACUUAUGAAAGUAAAUCUCAAGAGGAAAAGAAAAAGAUGCAAUUAUUAAAAGUUCGUUUAGAAAUGGCUAAAUUCUUACAAGAAACUAUAUCCGAAUCGGGCUUCCCCGGAUCUGACCAUGAAAAAGCCGCAUUAGAAUUUGCAGACUUUUUUAGAAAGAUUCGUAUGACAGGCGAACAAGCAUCAACAGAAGAUUUACUUAAUGUUGCAAAGCGUUUCGAAGACGAACUUACGUUAGAUAAUUUAUCGCGACCUCAACUCGUGUCAAUGUGUCGUUAUAUGAAUAUCAAUGCCUUUGGUACUGACAAUUUCUUACGUUUCCAGAUCCGAAAUCGUAUGCGUCAAAUUAAGGCAGAUGAUCGAGUCAUUCAAGCAGAAGGAAUUGAAAGUUUAACGAUUCAAGAGCUUCAAAAUGCAUGUGCCUCUCGUGGUAUCCGUGCUAUCGGAACCUCACCAGGACGUCUUCGUGAUGAAUUGGCUCAAUGGCUCGAUCUUCACUUGAAUCAUCAUGUACCUGGUACUCUUUUAAUUCUUUCAAGAGCCUUUAGUUAUACGGAUCGUGGUAUGACUACAGAGGAAGCCUUGAAGGCUACCUUUAAUAGUUUACCCGAUAAUCUUGUAAAUGAAGCUGAACUUCAAGUCUUGGAACAAGUGGGUGCAAGUACCUAUAAACAAAAAUUGGAUGUCCUAGAACAACAACAGGAGUUGAUUGAGGAUGAGUCAGAACAAGAAGAAAAGGAAGAAAAGGCAAGACUGGAGGCGGCUAAGGCGGAAGAAGCUCGUUUAGAAGCUGAAAAGAAGGAGCGUGAAGCUGCAGCAGAAAAGAGAGAUGAAUUUAUUCCCGAGACACCUGUUGUUUCAGACGUACAUGUGGUUGAAAGAAAGGAGACUACUACUCCACCUGCCGCUGAUACUACUACUACUACUACUGCUAGUACUACUACUGCUAGUACUACGACAGAUACAGAAACUCAUAAAGCCGAUACCGUCGCUCCUCCUGAAGAAACACCUUUGUCUGAUGAACAGAAAUCUCAACUUGAAGAAGCAUUAACAAAAUUACGUACAAAGGUGGAUCUCUUAGAAGAACGUGCACAAUUGAAUGAUAUCAAGAUUCAACAUGAAGAUUAUAAAGAGCUGAUUGAAGAGCUCAAGGAUGCUACAAAACGUGACGCAGAUAAAGCUAUCUUACGUAUGGGUAAACGAUUAGAAAAGAUGUUGGCUGCUAUUGAUAAGGAAUUGGAUGCCAUGGAAAAAGAUUUAUCAACAAAGAAAGAAGAAACAAAAAUAGAAGAAUCCACAGACGUUAAAAUUGAAGAAGAAAAGAAGAAAUAAGAUAAUAUUAUAUUAUAUUAAGAAAAAAAAAAAGAAAAGAAGUAGUAGUCGAGUAUUUAGAACUAUUGAAUAUAUGUGUGUGCAUCCUUUUAAAAUAAACGUUGUUACAUGUAUUUUUAUUUAUUUAUCAUAAAAAA